UGCAGUCAGCGCAGGUUGAGCAUGGCGUCUGUGUCUCACUCAUGAAAGUUUCGUAAACUUGCUCUGUCGAUCCGAAGAAGUAUGUAACUGAACUUUUGACUGUUCUACGUGUACCCGGUAUUCAACAGUGGGCUUCGUCGACACCGAAGACAUGGAAAAAUACUCCGGCGAGCAAGUUUGAAAGCGUGCUUUGGUUAAAUAGCUAGCUAGCUUGGCCGGCUACCUAUGCAGCUGGCUAGGUAGUCAAGGUGCUAACCUGUAUCACAUACGCAAAUUCUACGCCUAUUUAGUCAAAUAUAAGUAUAUAUUUUUAGUUAACACUUAUUUUUUUUUAGUUGACGUCGUCAUAGUUUGAUUCGGAUAGUUGCCGUUCGCUGUUUGGUUCAGCUGUUUGGACGCAAAACAUGGCCCAGUCACCGGUAGCCGUGCAAGUCCCUGGAAUGCAGAACAGCCGAGUCGACCCCGAGGAGCUGUUCACCAAGCUGGAGCGCAUCGGUAAGGGCUCCUUCGGCGAGGUGUUCAAGGGCAUCGACCACCGCACCCAGAAUGUGGUGGCCAUCAAGACCAUCGACCUGGAGGAGGCCGAGGACGAGAUCGAGGACAUCCAGCAGGAGAUCACUGUACUCAGUCAGUGCGACAGCCCGCACGUCACCAAGUACUACGGCUCCUACCUGAAGGGUAGCAAGCUAUGGAUUAUCAUGGAGUAUCUGGGUGGUGGAUCAGCGCUAGACCUGCUGCGACCAGGUCCUAUGGAUGAGUACCAAAUAGCCACCAUGUUAAAGGAAGUUCUCAAAGGCUUGGACUACCUACACUCAGAGAAGAAGAUCCAUAGAGACAUCAAAGCGGCCAAUGUCCUGCUGUCCGAGUCUGGCGAGGUGAAGCUGGCGGAUUUCGGGGUGGCAGGGCAGCUGACAGACACUCAGAUCAAGCGGGAGACGUUUGUGGGCACCCCGUUUUGGAUGGCCCCUGAGGUCAUCCAGCAGUCUGCCUAUGACUCAAAGGCUGAUAUCUGGUCCCUGGGCAUCACAGCCAUCGAGCUGGCCAAGGGCGAGCCCCCCAACUCGGACAUGCACCCCAUGCGGGUCCUCUUCCACAUUCCCAAGAACACCCCACCCACCCUCAACGGCGAGUUCUCCAAGACCUUCAAGGAGUUUGUGGACUUGUGUUUGAACAAAGAUCCUGCAUUUAGACCCACUGCCAAGGAGCUCCUGAAGCACAAGUUCGUCGUGAAGAACGCCAAGAAGACGUCCUACCUCACGGAGCUGAUCGACCGGCUGAAGCGCUGGAAGAAUGACGGACACAGCGACGGAGACUCCAGCUCGGAUUCUGACUCGGAGUCCAGCAACAAGGAGAACGACUCCUCCCAGCCAGAGUGGUCAUUCACCACCGUUCGCAAGAAGAAGCCGGACAAGAAAGUGACCAACGGGACCGUGAGCCGAGUUUUAGCUGAGCUGAAGCUCCAGCACAGGCCUGGCGUGCUGGAGGAGCUGGAGAAGAGCCUGCAGGCAGCGGAGGACAUGUGCCCAGGACUCACGGACAAGAUGGUCAACCACAUCCUGGAGAGGGUGAAGAGGUUCUCUGUGAGUUAAUGCAAUGUGUAGAUGUUUUUUCUACACAGAUACUCAUACACACACACACACACACACAUACACACACAUAUAUAAACAUACAGACACACACACACACACGCACAUUCACACAUUGAUCACACACAGGCCACAUGGAGAACACACUCACUCACAAACACUCACUCUCCACACGUGCACGUGCUGCACCCACGGUGAAGAGGCCGGAAGAGGAUGCUACAGUGUCUCCCUCCCGAUCCUGCGCCCCGUCAUAUCGAAACCCCGUCUUCCCUCCGAGCCACCAUAGGAAAGGACACGGCUCACCACCAUACUACCAAAAGGAAUUCAGUUGACCUCUCCCAAAGAUAUGCUUUUUUUUUGGACAUGUAUUUAUCUUUUUGUUUUCAAUUCUCUCUUUUUUUCCUCUUUUUUUUUUUUUUAAAAAGUCAGGCCUCACUUGUUGACCAAGAUACUGGGAGUUAAGAGUGAGCUCUUAAGACCGUUUUAAUUACGUAAAAAUAGGGUUUAACAAGAAUAGGGAAUUAUGUUCCAAGAUGUCAGCAUGUAUAAUGCUCUAAUUACUCUAACUUUUUAUAUUGUAGUGUUACAAUAAUAUAUUUUUUUCCCUGUAAAUCAUAUGGAAGACAUAUCCUGUUUUUAUAGUUUAACUGAGCUCUUUGGGAUGCUUUUCAGUACAAUACACAUAACAGGAAAGGGUUUGCAUAGCAUAAGGAGCAUCCAGUAGUUUUUUUGUUGUUGUUUUGUUUUCAUUCGUUUUUCACAAAUAGCUUAUCUUUCUUUUUUCUUUGGCCCUAAUAUAUAUAUUUAGGGCCACAGGUGUAUAUGUAAAUUGAGAGAGAUUAGUUAUUGUCUGUUUGACUGUAGCCCCCCCCACCCCCCUUUACACACUGUUACUUGUAGCAUUACACAACUGCUGUAUGGGAGACAUGCAUAUCGUCAGACAAUAUGGAUGACAUACCUCACAGACACACACACAAACAACACACACAACACACACAAAGGCAAACAAUCCAAUACUGAGAGGGGGCAAAAUAAUCGGUGAAUUCUCAUCAGAUGUAUGUCUUGUAUUUCGUUUGUUUCUUUGAUUUUCAGUUUUCCUUUGUAUUGUCACCAGAUCAUUGAUAAUAGCUAUGUCUUAAUAGAAGGGUGAAAUUUUGCUGUGCAAAAGGUGUUUAGGGUAAUCCAUGUCUGAAUCAAAAAUUAGAAAAUGCAUAAAUCUUAGUCAUUCAGAAGGCCUUGAUGCCUGAAUCUAUCAUGUUAUAGAGCACGCUUUUCAUUUAAUGCCGUGGGUAAAUAGAAAUGUAGAACAUAAUCAUAGGUUUGGUUACUGGUCAAUCCAAAACUAAUUACAGGACAUUGAGCAUGAAGUUGCAGGUGACAACUUAUUCAAGAAUAUUUAUGUUUAGUAUUUAAUAGCUAAGGUAGUCUCACAUGUAUUCGCAGUAAACAAACCAGACAGACAGACCUUUGCAGACUGAAGCACAUCAGCUGUGGGAGACGAGUGUAAAUGUUUGUUUAAUUUUCUUUCUAUCUUUUUUUUUCUUUCCAUUGUUUGUAAUUGUGCAGAAGUGCAUUGAUGGAACUCUAUGAUGACUAUAUUGCCUCCUCCCCUCAUGUCAUUGUCCCCCCACCCCUUUCUCUCUCUCUCUCUCUCUCUCUCUCUCUCUCUAUCUCUCUUUCUUUAGUUUCUCUUCUCUCCGGGAGUCAUGGGAGAUAUACUGUACUUCUGAAGGAAAUAUGCACUGCGUACACUUUUUUGCGGGUGGGGUUAUUUUAUACUUAAAAAAAAAAAAAUCAGAUUCCAGACAUUCCCCCGCUCUUCGAGUAGAUCUCGGGGGGAUUGUCCUUCGUCUGGCCAGUUGUGCGACGUUGUACAAGACACUGCAGUUAAGGAACCAAAAGGAGAUUGGACACGCUUAAGCAGAAGUGCAUAUAUAGCUCUAGUUUGGGGUAUAUAGUAAGUUUGGUACACAGGUUGUGUAGUUGUGUAGUUCUAGUUUGGAUGUGUUGGGGCAAUGUUUUUAUUUUUUGUUUUAUAAUUUUUUUUUUUUUUCUUUUUUAACAUCAGAAUCACAUUGAAGUCUUUCGAGAAGGGACUGUUCCGCCAAGCUCAAAAACUAAAGGGUGCCAUCUUUGUUUGGGUGGUGAUGGUGAUGAGGAACUUGUUGGCAAGGAGAAAAGAAAUGCCAACGUUAACGACCCAUAGUGCCUAAAUAUUUAUCGUUCCACUCGAUAUAUUUGUAAUGGUCAUUGUAUCUUCAAAAUGCUUUAACAGGCAUCCGUAACGUUGCCAGAGCGGCUGGAGGUUUGAGCAAUCCGAUGUUUGGUAUAAUAUUUUUAUAUUUCUUUAGUACAACUCAUUGAUGCUGAAGUUUUGUACAUUUUCUUUAUCAGAGCUUUUAUAUAGUAAAUAUUAAAUGAAAUUGCUGCACAAGGAUCUGGCAAAGCUGUAUCAAUAGGCUUUUUUUGUUUGGUUGUUUUUGCUUCAACUGUUACAAAGAGCUUUUUAGUUUGGUUUGAGAAUAAAAAUGUAAAUUAUGAA